UUAUUAUUUGACUAGAACACGGAAGUAGGAUUAGAGAAUACUUUGUUUUGAUUUUGCAGUCCUUGUGUGAAGCAAAGAAAGAAAGACAUACUGACUGAACUAAGUAGGGUAACGUUACCCAAAUGUCAUUCGACUGAAAUAUGUCUAAACUACAGUUGUUGCGUUUGUUUUUAAAUGAGCGUUUAACGGCGGCUGCUGUGGAGAUUUUCGGUGCAGUUGAGAAAACGGUAGUAGAAUACCAGGAGGAGAAUGAUCGGCUACGGAGACUGCUGCGGAGGACACCGGGGAAUCAACUAUGUAGAAUAGACUCCCUGCAGUUCUCUGUCUCUGAAGAGGAGGUUCCCCCUGAGCAGCAGCACUGUGAGCAGGAGUGGAGUCCCAGUCUGGGGCAGGAGGACCCAGAGACCACACAGAUUAAAGAGGAACAGGAGGAAGUCAGGACCAGUCAGGAGGAAGAGCAGCUUCAAGGUCUAGAGCCUGAUAUCAUAGAGUUCGAUUUCACUCCUUCAGGUGUGAAAAGGGAAUGUGAUCAGGAGGACCAUCUUUGGUCCUUGACUCUUCCCCAAACCAAGACUGUGAAGAGCAGAGAGAGUGACUCUAAACCAGUGGAUCUCAAACCUUUUGUCACUGUGACCAACCUAAAGGGUCUCUACAUUCCCUGUGACCCUCCAGAUAAUCAAAACAAUGCCUCCAGCCACAGCUCAGCUGUAAGCAGUGACACAGUAGGACUUGACAACAGCCCACUAUUGGAUCCCAGCCCACUAUUGGAGAAACACUGUUCCAAACCCAGCACCACGUCUAGAAAAACUCACCACUGCCGUGACUGUGGUACAACGUUUCCUCUGAAAGCUGACCUGCAGAGACAUGUGACUCUCACCAGGAAGAGACCCAGUGAAUGUAGAUUCUGCAAAAAACGCUACAACUCCACCUGUAAACUGGGGGCUCAUGUCCAACUCUGUCACGAUGGGAAACCCUGCACCUGCCCUGUUUGUGGCAAGACCUUCAAACUCAAAAAAGAUCUUUCCAGGCACAUGAGGACUCACGCAGGAGAGAAAUAUUUUAGCUGUGGUGAUUGUGGGAAAGGCUUCAGUCUCAAGAAGAACCUAACCAGGCAUAAACUGAUUCACACAGGAGAGAAACCAUUUAGCUGUGGUGACUGUGGGAAAAGCUUCAGUCAGAAGGGGAACCUAAUUGAACAUAUAUGGACUCACACAGGAGAGAAACGAUUUAGCUGUGGCGACUGUGGGAAAAGCUUCAUUCAGAAGGGGAACUUAACAGAACAUAUACAGACUCACACAGGAGAGAAAUUGUUUAGCUGUGGUGACUGUGGGAAAAGUUUCAGUCGCAAGCACACUCUAACCGAACAUAUACGGACUCACACAGGAGAGAAACCAUUUAGUUGUGGAGACUGUGGGAAAAGAUUCAGACACAAGAAGACCCUAAACAAUCAUAUACUGACUCACACAGGAGAGAAACCAUUUAGUUGUGGUGACUGUGGGAAAAGAUUCAGUGUGAAGAGUAAUCUGUUUAUGCAUGUUAAAAACAUCCACAAAGAAAGAAAACUAUUGGGGCAUUCAUGUGCACAUCAGAAGUGGAAAACUUCCCAAUAAGGAAGUUGCAAUUCAAAUGCUUUAUUAUCUAAAUGUUGAAAGUGUGGGCAAUGGAGAGAAACAAAAUGGUGCAGUUUGAGGCCAUAUGACGGAGAGUGAUGCUGGAGAUGGGAGUGUGAGCAGGUGGGUCUGGGCAGGAGUGAUGUUGUGUGAUGUUUUUUGUUUGUAUCUUUUGUAUUGUGUUUUAAAGAAGAAGAAAAAAGAGAAGGAAGGAAGGAAGGAAGGAAGUCGCAAGUCUGACAUGAUUGUGUUCAAGUGCUUUUUGAAGUCGGAACAAUUCUUCAACCAUUUAAGAUUUUAGCAAGUUAGAUAAGCUAGCUAAUGUUGCUAACAAUACAUUUAGCUAACUUGCUUGAAGGUGCCGUUUGGGAUCUUAAAGGGAUACUUCGGGAUUUAGGCCUUUAGGAUUUAGGCCUUUAGAAUUUUAGGAUUUAGGCCUUUUAGGAUUUAGGAUUUUAUUUUACAAAUUGUAUGUCUCUGCAUCCAGUAUGAAGGAGGUUAGAGGUAGUUUUGCGAGCCAAUGCUAAAUAGUGUUAGCACAAUACCUGGAAGUCUAUGGUAUCUACUAGCAUGCUAGCAGUUGCCAUAGACUUCCAGUCAUUGCGGUAACACUAGUUAGCAACUUCCUUCAAACUACAUGCCGAGACAUAAAAAUGGCAUCCAUGAGUUCAUCUGAUUCAGGGGAAGUAGAUAAAGGGCUUCAUUGCCAAAAUCCUUAAAUAUCCCUUUAAGCAUUUCCAUUUUUUUAAUCAUAUUGUACAAAUUCUUUAACAUCCUAGAAAUUGCAAACAAUUUGUUUCAUAUCAUACGAAAUGGAUGACGUAGUACACAAUUGUGCUCAAUUUUCGUGGGACCCCUUUUUGGCUUGUGAUCACUACUUUCAAAACUACUGGCUGAAAAAAUACAAAAGCUCUGGAGCAUCACUUUAACAUUGCGAAUAUGGUAAAGAUAGCCUCAUUAUGUAGCUACAUUAUCCACUUUGACAAGAGUUAAGACAUCAAAGAGAUUCGCAUCACAGAGGAACAGUUACCAAAGGCUAGGAAGUGAAAUGGACAAACCAAGUUGUCAAGAAACAGAUUUGUCGUCAUCUUUUGAUUGAAAAGUUGAGAAGUCAGUGGGGAAGCGUCACAAACUCGGCAAUGGGUAACAGCGUCAUCUCAGUUUCCCACGUGUAAUUACGACUUGGAGGGAGGGCCAUUCAAGUGAAUCUUCCCAGUUGGAACUCCCAACUCCAAUAAAGCCAACAGCACAUGAAGGCCCAAUUUCGUUCUAGGAAUAGAUAAGAAUUGGGCUGCCCAUGUAAAUAAACACUGCCAAAGUCUGAUGUGUUCAGGUUAUUAUAUGUAACUCAGUUGGUAGAGCAUGGCGCUUGCAACGCCAGGGUUGUGGGUUCGAAGCUGACGGGGGACCAGUAGGAGACAUUCUGCAUAAGGGCGUCUGCUAAAUGACUAAAAUGUAAACAGGACUUCCUGGUUGUUUUGUUAGUCUCUCAGGUGAUGAGGAUGGUCAGACUGGUGUCAUUGAUACAUUAAAACAUGUUUUUACUUAACAGAAAAUAUCACCUUCAAUUUGUCCAAGAGUAUUUAUCAUCCAUUUUGACCUAAUGCUGCUCAUCGGUGUCCAGCUAAUGAUCCACCAUUUAUGACAUUCAUGGGAGUGUGUAAACUUAGUUUUUAUUACCAUAUAAUUGUUGUAUGUUAUGUACUUGAAAAUGUAUCAAUUGACCAAUUCGGCACAUUUGGGCAGACUUUUGAACAGUAACGCAAUGGUUCAUUGGAUCUGUCUAAAACUUUGCACAUACACUGCUGCCAUCUAGUGGGCAAAAUCUAAAUUGCGUCUAGACUCCUAAGUGAGAUAAUUGCCUUUCUUUUGCAUUUCAAAGAUGAUGGAGAAAAAAAUGUAAAAGAAAAUGCAUGUUUUUUUCAUUGUAUUAUGUUUUACCAGAUGUAAUGUGUUAUUCUCCUACAUUUCACAUUUCCUCAAAUUAAAAGUGUUCCCUUUCAAAUGGUA